CAUCUGCUGGUGCUCAGGGGUGGCUCAGCUGGGGCCGGGGAUCAGCACCGGGGAAAUGCCCGGUGUGGGCAGGGAGCUGCAGCAGAGCUGGGCCGGUGAUGCUCAUCCAGCGCCCGAUGCUUCGAGUUGCCUGUGCCCGGGGGGAGCUGGAUGCAUUCCCCGGGGGAGUACCGCCGGUGCUGCUUGCCGAUGGAACGGCCAGAAGGGGCCGGCCCGGGAGUGUGCCCGGGGGAAGAGCCGUGCCUGUCCCCAAACGUGCCACUGCUGGCCCCGGGGCUCACGGAGGGGCUCCCAGGCCACGUGGGCGAGCAGCCCCGGGAGCCACACGGGCCGCAGCCGUGCGCAGCCUGGCCUCCUGCCCCCUUGUUAGCAUUCACGAAGGCACAUAAUCCACAAAGCGAUUAUAUGAAGGUGCUUUAUUAGGCGCUGGAAGUUAGGGGCAUGCCUGCCCAAAUCUAACUUCGUCCGAUUUCUUCACUCAGUUCUCUUUUAUCUUCUAAAAUGUGCAUGUAAGUUUCACAACACAUCUAUGCAUAUUCAUUUCCUAGCUCCGCCUAGCCCCGCUUCGUAUGCUAAUUAUCUUAUCAGUCCUUCUGCGCUUGCGUGUUACUCUCUGGUGGUCGUCUGGGUGGUAGUCGGAUGAAGUAAGAUGUCUUCAUCAGAGCUGAACUUUUUACCUUUUCUUCUUACGCAUGGUCUCUGAGCCCUUGGUCUCAGUCCAAACCAUAAGGUUGGUUUGACCCAGUUCCCGGGGUCCAAAAGGCCCCCGUUAUCUAGAUGUCUUGCAAGUUUGGCAUUCUUUUAGUCCUCCUCCUUACUCCUCAUCAUGAAUCGGUGCAUUCGCUCAUGCUAUCUUUGCACAUAUAUUUUGUAUCUUCCAAGCGCAGCCCAGGCACAGUACAUCACAAAUGUAACACAUAUUAAGCAAUAUUCAUUGCAUAAUGUAUAUUUCAUCUUCUAUUACCAACACCCUCUGCCCCUCCCUGGAGCGAGCCCCCACGUUCCUGCUGGCUGUCCUGGCUCGGGGGGCAGGGGGGAACCAUGGCGUGCCAGGGCUGCGGGGCUGGACGAAGGUCCUCAGCUGGACUCUGUCCCCCAUACGGAUCUCGGUGCCCCGGACGCACCCUUUCCCUGAGCCAGCCGCUGUCCCCCGCCAUGGAGCUGCCGAGCGCCUGCAGCCACCCGGGCUGGUCCGUGCUGGCGCUGGUCCUGGGGCUGCUGCUCUGGGCCAGGAGGAGACAAGGCUGGGACCCGCGCAGGUGCCCCACCGACCUGACGGGCAAGACGGUCAUUGUCACGGAGCCAAACAGCGGGAUCGGCAAGUGCGUGGCCCUGGACCUGGCCCGCAGGAACGCCCGCACCAUCCUGGCGUGCCGGAGCCGGGAGCGGGGCCAGGCGGCGGUGGAGGAGAUCCGUGCGGCCACGGGCAACCCCGCGGUGCUGCUGCGCCUGCUGGACACCAGCUCGCUGGCCUCUGUGCGCGCCUUUGCCCAGGCCGUCCUGCGGGAGGAGAAGCGGCUGGACGUGCUGGUGAACAACGCCGGCCUCACCGGGCUGCCCCUCACCAUCACGCCGGAGGGGCUGGAGCAGACCUUCGCCACCAACUACCUGGGCCCGUUCCUGCUCACCAACCUGCUGCUGGACCUGCUGAAGGCGUCGGCACCCGCCCGCAUCGUCAACGUCUCGUCCUUCCGGCACGGCGUGGGCACCGCCGACGUCCGCUACCUCACCGGGCAGGCGCAGCCCGGCGCCUACGACCCCAUCUACAACAGCACCAAGCUGCAUGAAGUCCUGUUCACGGCCGAGCUGGCCCAGCGCUGCGGGGCACAGGUGGGGGUGACCGCCAACAGCGUGAACCCCGGUGUGGUGAGCACCAGAAUCAUGCGGCACUUCAGCUGGGCGAUGCGCUCCCUCUUCCUCCUCAUCCGCCCCCUUCAUCAAGCGGCGGAGCAGGGCGCCGUCAGCACCAUUUACUGCGCCGUCUCGGAGGAGGUCUCGGGCAUCACGGGCAAGUACUUCGGCAGCACCUGCGGGCUUGCGCUGCCCUCCGCAGCCGCCCGCGACGCCGGCCUGGCUCGCAAGCUCUGGGAGGAGUCGGAGCGGCUGACGGGGCUGCCGGCGGGCCCCCAGCACUGAGCCGGUGCUGCUGGGGGGCCCCCGGGCUGCCGAGCCGCCUGGCAUCCCCCGAGCCGCAGCCAGCGCCGAGGUGCGGGACGCUUCCCCAGCUCCAGCGGUUGCCACCACCGCAACGCGCGGCUGAGCUCCCCCAGCCCC